AUGCCUUCAGUAAUCUACAAUACACCGACCUCCCUCCCAGUCCGCAAGCCAGCACCCUUCGUUAUCGGCCCAACUAACAAAGCUCCCUUCCGACCUACCAACAAGAUCCCGCAAGAUGUCGUCGACACAGCUCAAGCCACACCCAUUGAAGAGUUCAACGCCAAGAAGCACGUCAACUUCGAGUUCCCCAAGCGGACUUACACUAUGAAGGAAUGGGGAUACGAAAACCAAGGCGUUUCUCCCAUCGCUGCCUCCGACCCUUUCCCUCUAUUCACUGAAGCUGCUGUCAAGCAAGUUCGUCGUGAACUUCUCAGUGAGGAUGUUCUUGGGACGUGCCAGUAUGCUUCAACUUUUACGAAGAACCAGAUUCGAGGAUAUACUCAAAAACAAGCACCCUUUGCUCACGCUCUUUGGAAGAGUCCCGAAGUUCAGCAAGCGGUUUCAAAAGUGGCUGGUAUAGAUCUAGUUCACGCAUUUGAGUAUGAGAUCGGCCAUUGCAACCUCCUCUUCAGCGAUGGCGAAGAUGAGAAGAAGGGCGCUAGCGACAACGUAGGCUUCUCUUGGCACUACGACAGUUUUCCGUUUGUCUGUGUUACAAUGCUCUCAGACUGCUCGGAUAUGAGGGGCGGUGAGACUGCAGUCCUCAAAGGUGAUGGUGAGGUCCUCAAAGUCCGCGGUCCAACCAUGGGUACUGCAGUGAUUCUUCAAGGCCGCUAUGUCCAACACGCCGCACUUAAAGCCAUCGGUAAAGAACGAAUCUCCUUCAUCACAGCAUUCCGUCCCAAGUCUCCCUUUGUCAAGGACGAGAUGGUCCUCACGGGUUCUCGACCCAUAAGUAAUCAGUCAGAACUUGUAUAUGACUACUGUACCUACCGAGCAGAUGUUCUUGAGAUACGGUUCCGGGAACACGCCAAGAAGCUUCGCGAGCAGCAAGCUGCGGGUAUCAAGUUCAAUCCAGAUGCCGUGAGGGAGUUUCUUCAGGAGCAGAAGGAGAUGUUGGAGGCAACACUUUUGGAGAUGAUUCCUAUUUAUGAUGUUGUUGAAGUUGAGUAGGGUCUGUGUAACUAUCGGC